UGAGUGUAACUUUUUGUGUUCUUUCACACGAAGACCUUAAAAUGACCUUUAAACGCUACCUUCGAGAAAUGACCUCAAAGACCUUGAAAAUCGUAAAGUCGAACGCUUCAAUUCUUUUCAGUCCUCAGGUCAAUUCUGACAUUCAUAUGACCUUUAUUUCUUGAGAUAUUCAGCGAAAUAUCCGAGGUGGAUAAAAGAUACGCCCUGUAUACACUGACUCUCAAUGAGAAGAUAAUCUAAAUACUCUUCUCUUAAUUGAGAUGGAAAGAACUCGAUUUUUCACUUGGAACUUUUUUAUAAAUCAAUUUGAAAUUUUAUCAAAUGGUUGUUAUUCAAACUCGUUCUCCAUUACUAUUACUUGAUUGAUUUAUUAAUCAUUUCAUUGAAACUUUCUCACAAAUUAAAUUGAAAUCAAGUGAUUAAAUGGUCAAUUCAAUGGAUUCAUGAUGUUUUUGCACCGAUGAACUAUGGGCAUAGCUAAGAAACCAGUAACUAGUAACAGUAAAAUUCCCGCUCUCGCUACAACGAUAAAAGAGCCUUCGUAUUCAGUUCAAACGCCAUUCUGUUCAUCAUUACCCCUACGACGGAUAUUUUGCUGGACUUUAACGGGCUUUGGACUCAUUUGGCAAGUUUGGAGUAUCUCAAGUGUCUACUUUCAAUAUGCAACUCGUGUGGACAUUGACAUUGAAGUGCCAUCGCAAUUAUCAAUGCCCGCUCUUUCAAUAUGCCUCAGUUUGGUCUACAAAAUCGAUGACCUUUAUCCUAAAUAUUAUCCAACCCGUGAAUCAGUCCCACCCAAAACCGCUCUGCCCAUUAACAUACUCUCCCAAUUACCGAUUCCAAAUAUAACCAUAAACUGUACGACUCCGUUUGAUGAGCUCCCAAAAUUGACCAAACCAAAGGCUACGCUUGUGAAAAUUACUCGCCGAUUCUGGUGAGCAUUCAUUAUACCGAAGGUAUUAACAUUCGUAAAUGUUUCACUUACUUUUAUCGAAAUGCAACUACUCCCGCCUUUCUGGUCAAUUAUGCCGAUUCGAAGGAUUUUUUUAACGUGGAACUGAUUUCCAAUGAUAACAUUUCCGUUUCCAUUUUCGUUCAUAACCCAAUUGAGAUUUUACUUGUAAGUGCCGCUGAUACCUUCACCUUUCACACCAAUGCCACUUCUGACCUUAUAUUAUCUUCAUCGAAAUUGAUUACGAAACUACUUCCAUCGCCUUUCCGAACUGAAUGUGUUGAAUAUCAUGAAAAACGAUUCGGUCGAACUGGUUGUAUCUUCGACUGUCUUGAGGAAAGUUCGAUGAGAGAAUGUGGAGUCUGGCCUUCUACGGUUCCCGCUGAUCCUUGGUUACCGCACUAUUUCAAUCGAGUGGAUAAACCUUGUAGCUUAACGUUAGAACAGAAAGAGAUUUGUACUUCAUCGAAAGUAACUUGUCCCAACCAGUGUCUUAAUCUUUGGUACACAACGACUUUGGUCACUCUUCAUCAGCCCAUUACACCGACAAAUUUGACUCGUAUCUUCAUUCGUAGACCUUCAGAAGUUGAAUUCACAUACAGGUACACACCUCGACUUGAUCGUAUUGAAUAUCUUUGCUAUGUUGCUUCUUGUUUCGGCAUUUGGUUAGGAAUUUCAUUUCUCGAUAUCUUACAAAAUUCAAUCGUUGCCAUGAAACGAAAAUUGGCCGCACAAGAGCCUCAAAUAAUGGUCAUCACACCAACUUACAUUUACUUUUCUCGUAAUCGUGUUAGUUCAAUUUCCUCAACAAUAACGACAUGAAAACUACUUAGGGUUACAUUUAUCGUUUCAUCUCAUUCGAUCCAAAAUCAGAUCACUUCAUCCAAUAUAUCCAAAAUUUUAUUCUCUACUGAUAAUUCAAUCAAUAUUAAUAUUCUAAAUAAAAUCUUGGGUCCAUAUUCA